CGCGCCCCCAGGACCCGAACGAGCUGGCAGGAGUGGUCUCGGCUGCUUCCGCCGCCGCGUCGCUCCAGGGCUCGGCGGGCGUGUUCGCGCUGCGUCCGCCGCGGUGGGGCAGCCGGGGGUCACGGAGUCGUGGCGGGGGCGCGCGGCGACGCGGCCAUGGGCCUGCGGCGGCUCUGGUGACAGCGGGGAGCCGAGCGGCCCGGGCCCUGAGCGCGUCUCCUGCGGGGAGCCUCGCCCUCCUGCUCGCGGGGCCGGGGCUCCUGCUGCCUUUGCUGGCGCUGCUGCUGGCGGCGGCGGCCAGGAUCAUGUCUGGUCGCCGCUGCGCCGGCGGGGGCGCGGCCUGCGCGAGCGCCGUGGCCGAGGCCGUCGAGCCGUCCGCCCGCGAGCUGUUCGAGGCUUGUCGCAACGGGGACGUGGAGCGAGUGAAGAGGCUGGUGACGCCCGAGAAGGUGAACAGCCGCGACACGGCGGGCAGGAAGUCCACCCCGCUCCACUUCGCCGCAGGUUUUGGACGGAAGGAUGUAGUUGAAUAUCUGCUUCAGAAUGGUGCAAAUGUGCAAGCACGUGAUGACGGGGGUCUUAUUCCUCUUCAUAAUGCAUGCUCUUUUGGUCAUGCUGAAGUAGUCAACCUCCUUUUGCAACAUGGUGCAGACCCAAAUGCUCGAGAUAAUUGGAAUUAUACUCCUCUCCACGAAGCUGCAAUUAAAGGAAAAAUUGAUGUUUGCAUUGUGCUUUUACAGCAUGGAGCUGAGCCAACCAUCCGAAAUACAGAUGGGAGAACAGCAUUGGAUUUAGCAGACCCAUCCGCCAAAGCUGUUCUGACUGGUGACUAUAAGAAAGAUGAACUCUUGGAAAGUGCCAGGAGUGGCAAUGAGGAAAAAAUGAUGGCUCUGCUUACACCAUUGAAUGUCAACUGCCAUGCAAGUGAUGGCAGAAAGUCAACUCCAUUGCAUUUAGCAGCAGGAUACAACAGAGUAAAGAUUGUACAACUGUUACUGCAACAUGGAGCUGAUGUCCAUGCUAAAGAUAAAGGUGAUCUGGUACCAUUACACAAUGCCUGUUCUUACGGUCAUUAUGAAGUAACUGAACUUCUGGUCAAGCAUGGUGCCUGUGUAAAUGCAAUGGACUUGUGGCAGUUUACUCCUCUUCAUGAGGCAGCUUCUAAGAAUAGGGUUGAAGUGUGUUCUCUUCUCCUGAGUUACGGGGCAGAUCCAACACUGCUGAAUUGUCACAAUAAAAGUGCCAUAGACUUGGCUCCCACUCCACAAUUGAAGGAAAGAUUGUCAUAUGAAUUCAAAGGCCACUCAUUGCUGCAGGCUGCACGGGAAGCUGAUGUUACAAGAAUCAAAAAACAUCUUUCUCUGGAAAUGGUGAAUUUCAAACAUCCUCAAACACAUGAAACAGCAUUGCAUUGUGCUGCUGCAUCUCCAUAUCCCAAAAGAAAGCAAAUAUGUGAACUGCUGCUAAGAAAGGGAGCAAACACCAACGAAAAGACUAAAGAAUUCUUGACUCCUCUGCAUGUGGCGUCUGAAAAAGCUCACAAUGACGUUGUUGAAGUAGUGGUGAAGCAUGAAGCAAAGGUUAAUGCUUUGGACAGUCUUGGACAGACGUCAUUACACAGAGCCGCACACUGUGGCCAUCUGCAGACCUGCCGCCUGCUGCUGAGCUAUGGGUGUGAUCCGAACAUCAUAUCCCUCCAGGGUUUCACUGCCUUGCAGAUGGGAAAUGAAAAUGUGCAGCAGCUGCUUCAAGAGGGCAUCUCACCAGGUCACUCAGAGACAGACAGACAGCUGCUUGAAGCUGCAAAGGCUGGUGACGUAGAAACUGUAAAGAAACUGUGUACUGUUCAGAGUGUCAACUGUAGAGACAUAGAAGGACGUCAGUCAACGCCACUCCAUUUUGCAGCUGGGUACAACAGAGUGUCUGUGGUGGAAUACCUGCUGCAGCAUGGGGCUGACGUGCAUGCGAAAGACAAAGGAGGCCUUGUGCCUUUGCACAAUGCAUGUUCUUAUGGACACUAUGAAGUUGCAGAACUUCUUGUCAAGCAUGGAGCAGUAGUUAACGUAGCUGACUUGUGGAAGUUCACACCUUUACAUGAAGCUGCAGCCAAAGGGAAGUAUGAAAUAUGCAAGCUUCUGCUCCAGCAUGGUGCGGAUCCUACAAAGAAAAACCGGGAUGGUAAUACUCCUCUGGAUCUUGUUAAAGAUGGAGACACAGAUAUCCAAGAUCUACUUAGAGGUGAUGCAGCUUUGCUGGAUGCUGCCAAGAAGGGUUGUUUAGCCAGAGUGAAGAAAUUGUCUUCACCUGAUAAUGUAAACUGCCGCGAUACCCAAGGUCGGCAUUCUACACCUUUACACUUGGCAGCUGGCUACAAUAAUUUGGAAGUUGCAGAGUAUUUGUUGCAACAUGGAGCUGAUGUGAAUGCCCAAGACAAAGGAGGGCUCAUCCCUUUACAUAAUGCAGCAUCGUAUGGGCAUGUAGACGUAGCAGCUUUACUGAUAAAGUACAAUGCGUGUGUCAAUGCCACGGACAAAUGGGCUUUCACACCGUUACAUGAAGCAGCCCAAAAGGGACGGACACAGCUUUGUGCUUUAUUGUUGGCCCAUGGAGCUGAUCCUACUCUUAAAAAUCAAGAAGGACAAACACCUUUAGAUUUAGUUUCAGCAGACGAUGUCAGCGCUCUCUUGACAGCAGCUAUGCCCCCCUCUGCUCUACCUUCAUGCUAUAAACCUCAAGUGAUCAAUGGUGUGAGGAGCCCUGGAGCUACCACAGAUGCUCUGUCUUCAGGUCCAUCCAGCCCUUCAAGCCUUUCUGCAGCUAGCAGUCUUGACAACUUAUCUGGGAGUUUUUCUGAACUGUCCUCAGUAGUUGGUUCAAGUACAACAGAAGGUGCUGCCAGUUUGGAAAGAAAAGAAGAUCCAGGAGUAGAUUUCAGUAUAACUCAGUUCAUAAGGAAUCUUGGGCUUGAGCACUUAAUGGAUAUAUUUGAGCGAGAACAGAUCACCUUGGACGUGCUAGUUGAGAUGGGGCACAAGGAGCUGAAAGAGAUUGGAAUCAAUGCUUAUGGACAUCGACACAAGCUGAUUAAAGGGGUUGAAAGACUAAUCUCUGGACAACAAGGUCUUAAUCCAUAUUUAACUCUAAACAACUCUGGUAGUGGAACAAUUCUCAUAGAUCUGUCUCCUGAUGAUAAAGAAUUUCAGUCUGUGGAGGAAGAGAUGCAAAGUACUGUUCGAGAGCACAGAGAUGGAGGCCAUGCAGGUGGCAUCUUCAACAGAUACAAUAUCCUCAAGAUUCAAAAGGUUUGUAACAAGAAAUUAUGGGAAAGGUAUACACACCGGAGAAAAGAAGUUUCCGAAGAAAACCACAACCAUGCGAAUGAAAGGAUGUUGUUUCAUGGGUCUCCUUUUGUGAACGCAAUUAUCCACAAGGGCUUUGAUGAAAGGCAUGCAUACAUAGGUGGCAUGUUUGGAGCUGGAAUUUAUUUUGCUGAAAACUCUUCCAAAAGCAAUCAGUAUGUAUAUGGAAUUGGAGGUGGCACUGGAUGUCCAAUUCACAAAGACAGAUCUUGUUACAUUUGCCACAGGCAGCUGCUCUUUUGCCGAGUGACCUUAGGAAAGUCUUUCCUGCAGUUCAGUGCAAUGAAAAUGGCACAUUCUCCUCCCGGCCAUCACUCAGUCACUGGGCGGCCCAGUGUAAACGGCCUGGCGUUAGCCGAGUAUGUGAUUUACAGAGGAGAACAGGCUUAUCCUGAAUAUUUAAUUACUUACCAGAUUGUAAGGCCUGAAGGUAUGGUUGACGGCUGAAACCAAUUCCACCAAACGUUCCGAAGCAGCUGAUGGCCUCUUAAGGUUCACUCCUUGGCUGGAAAAAAAAUUCAUCCUGGCUACAAGCCUGUGGCAAAAAUGAUAAAAAUGUGAAAGAAGCUUAACAUUCUGACUUGAUAAAGCUUUAAUAAUGUACAGUGUUUCUAAGUAUUUCCUGUUUCUCAGCACUUUAACAGAUGCCAUUCCAGGUUCAACUGGGUUUAUCUGUACUAAAUUAUAAACAGUUAACUUGAAUCUUUUAUACAUUGUGUAUUGAUUCUAACAAAAAUGGUGAUGCCCUCAACAGAACUCAUUUUACUAAUCAGUCCUGUGUUCUUUAAAACACAGCAUUUACACUGAAUACAAUUUCGUUUGUAAAAUGUAAAUAAGAGCUUUUGUACUAGCCCGAUAUUUAUUUACAUUGCUUUGUACUAUAAACUGUUCUAGAGCUGCAGCGGUUUACAGAGUAUUUUCAUAUGUGUUGCUCAUCUGUGUUUUCAUCUGUCAUCGCCUGAGUGAUCGCUGCAUUUGAUUCCAGAGGCUGCUCGGUUGCUGGUGGAGACUUAGUGGGAAAACAUUGAUUUAUCAAAUUUAAUUUGCCUGAUGGAAGCAUUUCUCUCACAAGAAAUACUUUCUCAUUUAAGAAUUUUGUGACUACUCUGGGAAUUUCUUUUGUGAUGCCUUUGUAUCUACAAGGCACACAUUCCAGAGAGCUCUGGUGGGGACUGAUGGCUCAAGAAGCCUUUUCGAUGGCCUCAAACUCGAGUUCUUGCUUUAGAGAGCUUUCUGAUGUUCUGAACAUCAGAGCACGCUCCCGCAAGGUUUCAAGAGGCCUAAGCCUUGGCUCUGAUCUUGGAAUGUAAGUAGAAGUUCAGUUUUAGUUAAGGGGAAGGCAAUCCUGAGCAAUUUCCCAAUCAGUUCUAACAACCUCAGUCUAAAAGGGAGGAAUAGUGAGUGGAAGUGGGUCUUUUCUUUCUCUCUCUCUCUUGUUUUUUUUUUUUUUUAAAGUUUUUCUUGAUCUUUUGGUUGUAUUUAUGGCCAAGUCUACUUAUCAUGAGUAAACACAACCCAGAACCAUGAGUGUGAGUAUAUCCGUCUAUGGGCCUCUGGAAUGGGCAAACCCAGUGCUUCCUACUCCUUCCAAGGCAUUCUGCCCAGUUGGAAAUACGCCGUCACGGGCUUAUGUUCAGCAUGGCAGCUGUGGGAGAAGUUACUUCCCUGACAGGCCACUCUAGACUGUUCUAACGUAAGCCCUAUAAUCGCCUUGCACAGAGGCCUACCUUCCUGCAGUACACUCAGACAUCAAGGAGAGAUUUUACCCACCUAAGUCUUUGUAAAUGAGGAUGUCCUCUUUCCUCUCUGCAACACUUUAUCUUUGUUUCACAUUUACUUGUCUCUUAAUAGAAACUCGUACAUAUAGUUGCUCAAAAGUCAAAAGUCAAAUUUACUGUCUAUGAAUUAGGAGAAAUGUAUUUCUGGAUUUAUUCCUCUGAUGUAAAUUGUGGUUAAGGAUUAAGUGGUUAAAACCUGAUCUGGAAAUGCUUUUAUACAGCUCUCUAUUAAUUACAAAUGUGAUCCUAAAAUCAUUUCUUGAAACAUAAAAAGAGUAUGCCAAAUUUUAUAAGAUUUUCAGGUUCUGUAAGCUUUUGGGUUUUAUAGUUAAAAGAUAGUGAAAUUAAUUAAUGGGGCUUUAUAUUUACAUACUUCUCAAGUUUGGCCUAUAUUAUACUCUGUGUGGAUCUGGAAUUGUUUCUCAUGUAAAAUCAUGUUGUUAUGAGCUGUGUUACCUCCUCUAACCCAUUGCUUACUUGUGUUGUUUUCCACUGUGGUAAAUGCGCUAGCAUGGCAGUGUUUAUUGGGAGCUGGGAAUUUGGGGGUGUGGUUUAGUGCUUUGCAUGAAAUAUCUUACUUUAUAAUGAUGGAAUUGUUUUUUCUUUUGCCUUGUGAUUUUUUUUGAAGUGAAUUUAAUUUGUGUGUGUGUCGUGCUCUUCCGCCCAUCUGUGUCUCACUUGUAUCACAUUCCAUGCCCUCACUUAAUUCUUAAUAAACUGUUUACUUGUUUUCUGGGUAGCAUGAUAAUUACUGGAGUAGUGUAAAUGUGUUGAAUGGUCUUUGAGAAAUUCAUUGAGAUUAUAGUAAAUCAUAAUUUCAGGAAAACAGUGUAUUUUGAGUCUGAUAGUGUCAGGGUGCAGCAUAAAUGUAAAAUGUUGACUGUUGUGGCCAUACUUAUUCAGAUCUUUAUGAUAAAAGUAAGAUGUGUUUGGACGUUUACACCAUCCAAGAUGACGUUGCUGGUCCUAAAAAUUCAUGAAAUUCAGUCUGCUUAGCUUAUAAAGAGAAAUAUAUUUUUGUUUUCUAUGUCAAAAACAUUCUUGAUAAGUUUCCGAAUCCCAGUCAUAUUUUUUCUCAAGAAGGAAAAAAAGUGGUGUAUUUUCUAUUUCCGUGUGCUAAUGACCUGUAUGUAAUCAGUCCUCAGUGUUCCAUAAGAAGAGAGUAAUGGUACAGGUAUCCCCGAGUCUCACUUUGAAGUCUAUUUAAGCUGCUUUAUCUUCCUGCUUCAUUUAAGAUGAUACUGAAGUGUUUGCUUGCUGUUUCCUGAGCGUGCAUGCCCACGUAUGAUGUGAUCCAGUUGUUUGCAGGUUGAGGAAAGAAAACUUGCAAAUAAAUUUCCCAAAGCUUUUAACAA